CCUCAUCCCUCCACCCUCCACCCUCCCUGUCUCCCGCACCCACCACGCGCGUUGCCCGUCGCGUCUCAUAAAGGCAGGACCACAAACCAGGAUCUAGGGCAGACAAAGCCGGUGCAAUAAUGUCCAACACGGUCAAAGACCUCGCAGCCGGUACGGCAGGUGGUAUUGCUCAGGUCCUCGUUGGACAACCCUUCGACAUCGUCAAAGUGCGUAUGCAAACGUCGGCCAAGGGGACCUACUCUGGCAUGAUGGACUGUGCAGGCGGUAUCCUUAAGAAUGAGGGUCCCCUUGCGUUCUACAAGGGCACGCUCACGCCUCUGCUCGGCAUCGGUGUAUGCGUUUCAAUCCAGUUUGGCGCGCUCGAGUUCGCGAAGCGCAAGUUUGCUGAGCAAAAUGCGGCCCGUGGUGUCGGUGGUGAUGGAGGGAAGCUGCUCAGUGCGUCGCAGCUCGUGGUUGCCGGUGUGGGCGCGGGUCUAGCGAACGGAUGGGUUUCGGGUCCAGUGGAGCAUAUACGUAUCCGCUUGCAAACACAGUCCAACACGGCACCGUUGUACAAAGGCCCCUUUGACGCAAUCCGCAAGAUCACGUCCGAGCACGGGAUCAAGGCCCUGUUCAAGGGUCAGAUGGUCACCUUCCUGCGCGAGGCGUCGGGCUACGGCGCGUACUUCCUCGUAUAUGAGAAGCUCGUCCAGCGAGAGAUGGCAACGACGGGCAUCUCGCGCGAGCAGCUGAGCCCCGUCAAGGCGGUGUUGUAUGGUGCCACGGCUGGAUAUGGGCUAUGGGCGGUGAUAUACCCUAUCGAUAUGAUCAAGUCCCGCAUGCAGACGGAUGGAUUCUCGCCCUCGACGGGUCAGAAGUACUUGAAUGCCCGUGACUGCGUGCGAAAAGUGUGGCGGACAGAGGGUAUCAGCGCGUUUACGCGUGGAUUGGGGCCGACUCUCAUCCGUUCCCCAUUCGCCAACGGCGCGACGUUCCUCGGAUUCGAGCUGGCAAGCCGAGUCCUAUAUUCAUAGACGCACCAAACAACCUAGAUAUCGGACACGCCUCAAUACGCGAUCCUGCCUGUGGUGAAAUACCUGCACUCUCGUUAAAACUAACGUCAAAACAAUUAUUGGACCCCCGUUGCAGAUUAUGUUUUGGGAUUCAUCUCCCCUGGCAGCUUAGACGCCAGAUGCACAUAUAUCUCCGUUGUACCUGUUUUACUGCGAAGGUAGAAUGAAGUGCACGGAUGCGGUGAUGCAGGUCCUGUACCGCGGAUGCGAAGUACAU